GUUAUAACAUAUUUUUCAUGUAGAGUUUAUAGACGCACGAUUGACUUAAAAGAAAAAAACACAAAGUUACAAAUAAUUUUAAAUCUUUUCACUAAAUGAAGACAGUUAUCUGUGUACAAUAUUACUGAAUUACAAGUAAUUAUCAUUCAAGUAUUCUAAAUGUUAUUAAUGAUAAACAACCGACAUUAUCUUGAUAAAGAAAACGCGCGUGUGUGUUUACAACAUUCUUUAGAAAUAUAAGGGUAAAUAGAUUUGGUGGCUUGGUAUUAAUGUUAUAUUGUUCACAUUGUGCGCAAAUGAUAUUUGACACAUAAGGAAGUUAAAGUACAAAAGCAGAUACAGGGUUAUGUUCUCUUGUCUGUGAGAGGAUGGUCACAAACAAGUCUCCAAUGCUACAAAAAUGCUUUACAGAGGAAAAAAACACGUGGAAUGAUCGCAGCUUCGAUUUUCACCUGAACUCUCGAAAUCCUGAUUUAUGUUAUUUGUACGUUUCAAAUAAAACCAUGAAUAUCCAGCUAAUUACAUUACAAAUUUAAUCAACAGAAUAGCGAAUCUAGCCAUGUUCCGACAGUUAAAGAAAUGCACGAUUUUUGCCACAAUGUUAGUAUUUAUAAUAUUUACAAAUUCAUUGCUGUAUUUGGAGCGAUAUCAGACUGAAUAUUUCCAGCUUGAUACUGAUGCUUAUUUUGAAGAUGCUAAAGAUUUAAAGUAUCCUGUCAAAGUACAGCCGUAUUUGUUCCGACUUAUAAAUGCGUCUAAUCCGAGUGUUCCAUUAACCAUAAGUGCGCCAUAUGUUAUUGAGAACAGUCAUCUUUGCCGUUCUGUGAAGAAUCUUACGGUGCUUGUUGUAGUUAAUUCAGCGACAGACCAUUUUGAACAGAGACAGAGUAUAAGAGCAACUUGGACAAACGACACGUAUUACUCGUAUUUAGCAACAGUCAGAGUUGUGUUUCUUGUCGGCAGAACUGUGAGUCACGUUGUCCAAUCUGCGCUUGAAAUGGAGUUCGAAAAGUAUAAGGAUAUUGUACAAGGAGAUUUUAUAGAUUCCUACACCAAUCUUACACAUAAAGGUGUGAUGGGUUUUAAAUGGAUUACGGAGAGAUGUCGCAAUGCGGAGAUUAUUCUGAAAGUUGAUGACGACAUUGUAGUCAAUAUGUUUCUGUAUCUCUAUAAAUUAAAACAUCCGAAAGCGCAACAAAAGGCAAACGUUUAUUGUGAAUACAAAUCCGAUCUCAUACACAGAGAUUUUACAUCAAAAUGGUAUGUCGAUGAAAGUCAUUUCAAAGGAGUUAAAAGAUAUCUGAAAUUUUGCAAAGGAAAGUUUGUGAGUAUGACGAAUGAUAUAAUGCCAUAUUUAUAUCUAUCCGCCUCGAAGUCGCCGUUUUUUCAUCUCGAUGACGUUUUGUUGUUUGGAUAUGUCCUGCAUAAGAUUCCAGGAUUGAAGUAUGAAACGUUCAGUGACGGUGAUUGGCAGGGGAUAACUAAUGAAGCAAAACACUGUUUAGAUACCAAAAAAGAAAAAUGUACAUACAUUGCUAUGCAGGCCGGUUACAAGGAGGACGUGUUAAAUAUUUGGUCGAAAGUAGUCAAACACUUUAAAGAUAAAGCAUAGCCAACACAAGACUGAAUAAUAGUUAUACUUAGUGUAUCAUUCAGUAGAAAUAUCCUAUUAUUAAAAAUUUACUAAUUUUAAGCCUAAAAUACACAAAUAAGACGUGUGAAGAUAUGUUAAACAAGUUUAACAAUUAAAUAUUUCAUCAAAAAGUGUUUGUUAUAUGAUGUCAAGAAUUUCUAAUGGAAUUCGGUUAUUUAAAUCAAACUGUUUGUAUCUUUUUAAAGCUAUUAAAAUAAUCUACGCUUUCUAUAAAUAAAAUGUUUUAAACAAUC